AUGGUGUUGAAGAAGAGGCUGAGUAAUGGACUAAGGGGAUUUCAGGUCCCUGAGAUACCUAGAUAUCCAAGAUCUGCAAGAACUAGGGUUCCAUUCGAGAAACCGGCUGAGGAUGGUCACGCUUGUGCUUUUGAACUACUUGCAUCUUUGGCCGGGAAGUUGCUGCAGGAGGGCGAAAGUUCCACUUCUAGCAAUGUGUCAGAAGUUAAACUGAUAAGCAAAGAGCAAUAUCGAAGUGGGAAUUGCGAUGAAAAGAGGAGUGGGAAAGAUGUUGAGAUUAGUGAGGCUGAUUGUAUACUAGAAUGCAUUUCAGGUAGCGAUAAUGUGAAGUCUGAGAUUUUGAAAUUGGAGAGUAAGUUUGGAAAUGAUUCUAAUACUAAUAGACUCGUAGAAUUAACUAACAAUCACGAGGCGGGACGUUCUGGCUUCCAGGGGUUAUCUGCGAAUGAUAAGUUUAGUUUGAAGGAUCCGUUGGAUUUACGCGUUAACUCUCCUUCGUUAGUAGAGUUGAACAAUAAUGUUAAAUCUCCAUUUUGUGGGGAAUUGUUUCCCAAUGCUUCCUUUUUGAAGCACGGGAAUGAUAAUAAGUUACAUUUUAUUGAUGAUGACGAAAAGUUUGUUAGGUGCAACAAAGUUUGCACCAAAUCGAAGGCUUUUAGACCUUCACGGCGCAUUGCUCGCAAAAUAAUCAGGAAGCGGUUGACUUCCAAACACUGGAAGGUUGCUCCAAAGUUGAAGGAUUAUGAACAUUCUAGAUAUGAUAAAGGAAUAAAGCCCGCAAGUCGUAAAAGGAAGCCUUAUUACAAUUUCGAAAGAUCUCAGUGUUACACUCUUUCGAAGAGGAAGAAAUUAUCGGAGAAGGGUUCAAUGGUAACUCGUGGUGGAGGAUUCAGCAGCGAGAGUGUAUCUGAUUUACCUAAGAAAGGAAUUUGUGGAAAUAACCGUAGCGCUAAUACAAAAACUCACGUCUCUAAAGAUUCUCAUGUCAAGUUUAGAAUCAAGUCAUUCAGGAUUCCAGAACUUUAUGUUGAGGUUCCCGAAACCGCAACUGUGGGUUCAUUAAAGAGGAAAGUCAUGGAGGCAGUGAUGACUAUAAUAGGAGGUGGAAUGCAUGUUGGCGUUCUUGUUCAAGGGAAGAAAGUUAGAGAUGACAACCGAACUCUUCGGCAAACUGGUAUAUCUUGUAAAGAAAAUCUAGAUAAACUCGGUUUUGUUUUGGAGCCUAGUUCUUCUCAAGCUUCUCCAGUUGUUUGUGCUGGUGAUCCUUCUCAUUGUGAAGCGUCUGAGCCAAUUAUGUCUCUAAGAACUCCCUCCAUUGAAUCGGGGAUUUCUGUUGCCAAGCAGGAUUCUUCCUUGGUUACUAACACUGGCGACCUUGUUGAAAUUAACCAUGAAUCAGCUUCUUCCGUGGAUGACACUAUUUCUGGUAAACUAACACGAGAUUCUGCAAUGCUAGUUCCCAUUCCAGAUAAUAGCUCAGAGGCAUUAGCUGCCAUUCCCGUGAGUCACAACACCGGACACUCUGAGAUUGUACAGCGUCGAACCAGGAGACCGUUUUCUGUUUCUGAAGUGGAAGCACUUGUUCAAGCAGUUGAAGAAGUUGGAACUGGAAGGUGGCGUGAUGUAAAGUUGCGAUGUUUUGAGAAUGCAGAUCAUAGGACUUAUGUAGACUUAAAGGAUAAAUGGAAAACUUUAGUUCACACUGCAAAAAUCUCCCCUCAACAAAGGAGAGGACAGCCAGUUCCUCAGGAGCUACUCGAUAGGGUUUUGGCUGCUCAUGCCUUCUGGUCUAUCCACCAAGCCAAACAUCAUGUCAAGCAUCAAACCAAUGGUGUCCAACCACUUGUGAUCAUGUAG